AUGUCCACACAUACUCGCCCCUCGUCGCCCUUCACCAGCGAGUUUGACGAGCUUGUGCAAAGCCUUUUGCAAGAAUGGCAUGUUCCGGGUCUUGCCAUCGCCGUCAUUAACGGCGACUCGACCUUCUCCAAGGGCUAUGGACAUGCUAUCUUGCCUAAUACGAAGGUUACGCCAGAGACAGUUUUCUUCACGGCUAGCACCACCAAAUCCUUCACUGCUGCCAGCGUCUCGCUACUUGUCGAUGACGCCGCGUCGCAUCGCCUCUCAAGAUCUGUUCCGCCGGACUUCUCAUUGACCUCGACUGUUUCGUCUGUGAUACCGGAUGAUUUUGCUCUAGACGAUGAAUAUACAACAUUAAAUGCCACCUUUGAAGAUGCCCUCAGCAACAGAGUUGGCCUGCCAGAUCACUUAUACAGCUUCAAACCGAGGACAGUGCCAGUCAAAGAAGUAAUACAGUCUUUGAGGUACCUUCCUCGAGCUGCAGAGCUCCGUUCCCAGUUUUUUUAUAGCAGUUAUAUGUUUUCUGCAGUCUCAUAUGCAAUCGAGAAGAUGACCGGUAGCGGGCUAGGAGAUUUCAUGAGAGAAAGGCUCUGGGGACCGCUAGGAAUGACCCGUACUUAUUGGACACCGCAAGAAGCGAUAGAGGCUGCUAGUUCAGGAACAGUUCUAGCUCGUGGCUACGCAUGGGACUCUUCGUCGGAUAAAUACGUUGAAGAGGCCAUUCCUGACUUUCCAGCCGUGUCAGGGGCGGGAGCAAUGAUCAGCAACGUUCUGGAUUACGUGAAAUGGCUACGAUGUAUGAUGACGCAGUCUCCUCCUCUCAGCCAUGCUUCCCAUCAGAUGCUCAUCGAACCACGCAUCCCCUUUCAAAACCCCGGCACCAUUCCGUUUCCUGCGCCCCACGCCUACGCCCUUGGGUGGAGAAUUGAUGAGUACCAAGGUCACCGCAUUAUCUGGCAUACUGGCGGCUGGACUGGGUUCGGUUGUACUAUGAUGUACCUUCCUGAUCUCCAAUGGGGCUUAGUCAUGAUGAGCAACAUGGCAGUGCCCAGUAACUUUCUCCAAACGGUUCUAUACAUGCAUUUACUAGACGAACUUCUUAACACGCCACUGGGUGAUCAGAUGGACUGGAACUCUGAGUUUAAGGAGCGCCGGAAUCGAAGCAGGGAUGGAAAUACCCAUGCUUUAUCACGUCUCUACCCUGAUUUGCCUUCAACUACUUCCCCGCCCUCUCUCCCCUUGGAAGCAUUUGCGGGCCAAUAUCAGCAUGCUGGCUACGGUGAAAUGCUUUUUGAGCUGCACGGAAACGAGCUCGUAGCUCAGCGCCUUGCUUAUGAAAUCCCCAUGGUCGUACGGAUGACUCACGUUCAUGAAGACUCCUGGCUGGCAAAAUUGGAGAUCGUCAAUAAAGACCCGCAAGACCAACCAGCCGUUAGGGCAGAAUUUCAAAUUGCAGAUGGCGUCGCAACACGCGUAGGGUUGGAUUUGGAACCUGCCCUUGACGGCAAGAAGAUAUGGCAAGCGCCGGAAAAGGGCCGACCCCGCAGCGCGACGCAUGACGCAGCGUCUCCAACCUUGAACAACUUUAUCGAAACAUCCAACUGUCAACAUUCUGGAGCCGACAAGGCUGCAAAUCUCGGCCACGCGCGCACCAAGGUCCUUGAGGCUGCCAAGGCAGGCGCCUCCCUAGUCGUCCUGCCCGAGUGCUUCAACUCGCCGUACGGCACGCAAUACUUUCCCAAUUACGCCGAGACUCUCCUCCCUUCGCCACCCACCAAAGAACAGUCCCCUUCGUAUCAUGCGCUGUCAGACCUCGCCGCCGAGGCCAAGACCUAUCUUGUCGGCGGCAGUAUACCCGAACUCGAACCCUCUACGCAGAAAUACUACAACACUUCCCUGGUGUUUUCCCCGACAGGCGCGCUGAUCGGAACUCAUCGCAAAACACACUUGUUCGAUAUAGAUAUUCCCGGAAAGAUCACGUUCAAAGAGAGCGAAGUGCUGUCUGCCGGAAACAAGGUCACUAUAAUUGAUUUGCCAGAGUACGGCAAGAUCGGACUGGCCAUUUGUUACGACGUCCGCUUCCCUGAGCUAGCUAUGGUUGCAGCCCGUAAAGGAGCAUUCUUGCUCGUCUACCCGGGUGCCUUCAACAUGACAACGGGACCACUACACUGGUCGUUGCUAGGACGUGCGCGAGCUAUCGACAACCAGACGUACGUCGCCAUGUGCUCGCCAGCGAGAGACUUGACUGCUACGUACCACGCAUGGGGCCACAGCUUCGUUGCAAAUCCAAACGCCGACAUUGUUGGCGAAUUAGAAGAAAAGGAGGAUAUCGUGUAUGCUGAUUUGGACAACGAGACCCUUGCGUCUGCGAGGAAAGGCAUUCCGGUGACGACGCAGCGGCGGUUUGACGUGUAUCCUGAUGUGACAAUGUCCAGCACCACCAAGGGAAAGAAGAGCGGUCGCUCCGCCAUCGCCGAUGUCGUGUCGCGCGAGUACACCAUCCACUUGCACAAGAGAGUGCACGGUGUCUCCUUCAAGAAGCGUGCUCCCCGCGCCAUCAAGGAGAUCCGCGCUUUCACCGAGCAAGCCAUGGGUACCAAGGAUGUCCGCCUCGACCCCCAGUUGAACAAGAAGGUCUGGGAAGCCGGUAUCAAGGGUGUCCCAUUCCGCCUCCGUGUCCGCAUCAGCCGCAAGCGUAACGACGAGGAGGGUGCCCAGGAGAAGCUGUACAGCUACGUCCAGGCUGUCAACGUCAAGGAGGCCAAGGGCCUGAACACCACUGUUGUCGAGGAUGCUUAG